CCAGUCAAGUGCGAAUUCUCCAUACACAGAAUCGACUCUCGCCCUUCAUACGAGGCCAUUUCCUAUACAUUGGGAGAUCCGAGUCAAAGUCGGUCCGUUAUAAUCAACGGUUGCAAGUUAGAGGUUAACUCAAACGCAUUCGACAUUCUCCAAGAUAGAGCAACGUUCCUGAAAACCCGGAAGAUCUGGAUAGACUCCAUUUGCAUUAAUCAAGUCGAUAAGGAAGAAAAGAGUGUUCAAAUCCCCUUGAUGCGUGAGAUCUACAGCCGGGCAUCUCGAGUACUAGUCUGGCUCGGC